GCCAGCCCGCGCAGACCAAAUAGACUGGAGUCGACUCGAUGCAAAGACUGCUGUAGUGUGCGUUUAGCUUAAAGCGGAGCUCGCGCUGCGCUGCAAUAUCUGCCUCGGCUGCACGCACGGAUAUUCGUCGCGCUUCUUUUCGCGCGUGCACAUCGGUCGCGCGCGCGCGUGUGUGUGUGUGCGUGCAUGUAAACAUAUACAUGGACAGACGCAUAUGAACACAUAUAUAGAUCGCAACAUCAAGUGCAUCGACUAUCCGAGUGAGCGUCAUACUGUGAGUGCAUGUACUGUAAAGCUGCAAUAGUGCGCGAGUGAUUAUUCAUUUAUUUUUGUUAAUUUUCUUUCGAGUGCAGACGAGCAGUCACCGUAGCCUCGAGCGCGAGUUGCAUUAUGCACGCGCUGCACAUGGAUGGACCAUGAUCGUUCGAAAUCCGCACAAGUGUCGCUUCGACUUUGUGAAUUAAACAAGCGAAAUCUCGGAGUUGCGGAGCAAGGUGUACAGAUAAUAAUACAAAAGGCACGAGUCUGCAAUCGAUACAUACACGUACAUAGACGUAUAGGCGCAGUGCCGCAGCUCUCGGGGGUUUGUGCGCGCCGAGUCGUACAUACAUACAUACACCUAUAUAUAAUACACCCAUAUAUAUGCGGCAGCAGCACAGCCUGCAGUAUCGUCGUCGUCGUCGGUGUAGCGCGUGCGAGUGAGAGGCUCUCGUCGCUCGUGUGCACCGUGCACUGUGCAACGACGCAGGCACGCACACAACGAGCAAUUGCGCGACGAGGCAGCGAGCAAGGCAAAGCAAAGCAAAGCAAACUGCAAAGCGAGCGAGCAGUGAGCACGCGCGCGCUACACAGGGGCCACAGGCGCGCACCGAGUGCCCCGUGCUGUGUGACGACGCACCUGCCCGCACGCGCGCGCGGAUCCGGACGAUAAGUCGGACCGAGUAGUAGUGUCCGCCCCCGGACCGUCGCGCGUUCCUCCAUCAUCGCGAGUCGCGACUGCGUGAGUACUGCGUUAUCUACGCAGUCCGACGCGUGACAGAGAGCAGCAGCAACUCGUAUUAGUAGGUGUGCGCGACGCGCCGAGCUGCGACGCGAUUAGGAGUCGGCGAUCGUCGAGAGAGCUGCGUGUUGUGUGUGCGGUGCGCGUAGGAUGCCCGAGGCGCGGAGGCCGCGAAGCAGCAGCAGCAGCAGCAGCAGCAGCAGCAGUACUCUCGGCCGACCUCGAACUGCCAGUAGCAGCAGCAGCAGCCGGCCAUAUUGGAUGAGUAGCAGCUCGCAGCGCUUAUCGCCUCCCACGUUCUCGAGCUGGAGGAGUACGCCCGCGUCCCUCCACCCUGCAGCAGCCAGGACCUCGUGCAGCUUAAUGGCACGUGUCGUCGUCCACUAGCAGUUCGAGGCCGUUCCACUGCAGCUUGAUCCUCGGGGCUCAAAUUCCCCCUUUGUCGUCGUCGUCGUCUGUGCAUUUGGCGUUCUGCAGCCGGCUCGUGCGCGCAAUUUCAGCGCAAACGCUUCUGCUGCUGCGCUGCCGCGCUCGCGACUCCACUCUUGACUGUAAUUUUUUGUUGUAUAUAUCGGUAGUCAGUCAGCUAGUCCGCGGGGAUGUCGCGCUCGCUCAACGGACUCGAUGCUUGCAGCAGAGCGUCUAGUCGACGCGCCGAUCCCCUGCAUAUAUAGAUAUAUACGUUGGUGCAACAAUUGACCCUCUCGUCUUUGUGCAGUGCGUGAGAGACGUCUGUUGUGUACACGAGUAAAUAUCGACAACGCCACGGCUGCUGGCUCUCAGUACUUUGCACACUUGUGAAUACACUGUGCGUCUAAGGCCUCUGCAUCGAUCGCGCAGACGACGGCCCAGACUGCGUGCCAAUGUACUGCCAGUAGCGUCGCUCUCUUUCGCCUGCGAGAGAAGGAUCGAGUGAGGUUAGGACGUCCAUCGUGUAUGCGACACUGCAAACACGCGUACUGCAUUUUUGCAACAACAAAAAGAAGAGAUAAAAACAAACGGGAAAGCUACGGGCUAACGAUUGUGCACGUGCAGUGCUCGAGUGCAGUGAACAACGUAUGUUGUUGCAAGUGUCGGGGCUGCAUAUAUAUAGCUCGAGCUAUAUAAUCUCGUGUUGCAUCGUGUGACGUUCAUGCUCCGUUCUUUGUAGUGGUUCACGUCAGCUGGCGUUCGCGAAAAAUCUGCACGACAGCAGCAGCAGCAGCAUCAUGACGUCGACACGGUGAAGCCAACGCUAAUCGCCUCAAGCAGAAAGUGCAGCUGGUGCGAGCGAGGCGCGCGCGGACAAAAAUGGCACCAGGACCGGAGCUGCAGCGCCCGGACAGCAGCAGCGAGAGCAGCAACAACAAGGCCAGCAACAACGGCGGCAGCGGCGACUCGACCAAUAAUUCCUGCAGCAACGACACGGAAAAAGCGUCGCUGGCCCAGCAGUUGUCUGGAGGCGCCAACCCUCGACAAGUGUUUAUCUUGCCCAAGAUUACGGCCGAGGCCGACGUCUGUGCCGUCGUCGAGUCGUCCCAGCAGGACAACGAGCUACCGACCCUCAACAAUACCGCCCUCGUCGAUAACAAGCAGGAGGAACCUGCAACCUUAUCUACUUUAAACGAGGGAGAACUACGUGCAUUGUUGGAUGAAGCCAUAACUUACAAAUGUCCAAAAGAUCGUGAAGGAAAGUCCAGUCUAUUUAAGGAACUCCUUCAAGAAGCUGAAGCCGACGAGCCUCAGGAAGGACAUUGGAUUUUAAGAAAUAAUUUGGGAGGUAGCGUUCGUUCAGGCGCAUCAAGCGUACGAAGCCAUCGAAGGCAACGUCGCGGUGAUAGCUACUAUUCGUCAACCUCGUCAACGUCAUCAUCGUGCGCUGAACGUAUCACACACGGUGGUUCGUUGCAAAAUUUGGCACGAGAAGUUGACGCUGAUAGUCUUGGAGCUUAUCUGAACGCCCCUGGACAAUUAGCGGGUGGCGCCAAGCGAAAGCAGAAACGACACUCGGGACCAAGUGUAUCGGCUAGACAGCGCGAAGGCGGCUCGUUACCGUCUAACGUCGACGCCAGCCAUACACUCACUAAUCUCGUUAAUUUUGACUCUCUUUUUGAAAAGAAGAAGGGUUUGUCUGAAGAAAAAUCGUUAUACGAUUGGACUAACAAAGAAAAAUCCAAAUCUUUGGAUAAAACUUCUUAUUCUAAAAAAGAAGAAAAAGAAAAGGACAAAAAAGACUCUAAACUAAGUGGUUCAUGUGAUAUUGAAAGUGAAUUGUGCGACAAUCGAAGCAGUAACAGUGGUAAGCUUGGAGCAAAUGAGAUGCUUGAUUCCGUUAACUCACCACCAGAUAACACAAAGCAAGAUAAAGAUAAUGAUAAAGAAAAAGAUAAAGUAGCACGUUGUCCAGUAUUGACUCUGGAUGAUUAUGAGACGAGGUACUCCUCCGCUGAGCGUAAUGCUUCAAACGCAUAUGGACUACCCAAGCACGCAUUGGAAAUUCACGAUGAUGAAGGAACUGAAAUGAAAUUGAUUGAAGGUCGUAAUUUAACCACCAAGUACAUAACUCGUGCCACCUUCGACGUCCCUCAGCCUCCUAUAGACCCACUCGACUUUCAAGCUUUUCGCGAACAUACCGCUAAACUGGAGAAGUCAAAGGUCAAUGUUAACGGAUUAGAAGGAAGCGGAAGUUCUAUUCCUUUUUCUUCCUACAACAGCGCAAAAAAGUCAUGUGUCAUGACUGGAAAUGGGAGUGUUUACUCGAUGAUGAACUGGGCGCAACCUAAUAUUUCUAUGGUUUCUAGAUUUACGGCCCAACAUAUCGCAGGGAAGGACACUAUCGUCGAAAAAAAGCCGCUCGACGAAAACGGCAACUCAGUCCUAGGCGUCGACCGCAAAAAAAGAAAACCAAAGGUUGAGCAAAACGUCGUAGUAUAUAAGGCAGCAGAUGUUAAGGGUCACAGAGAUGAUAAUGAUAUUGAUAGUUUAGUAAAUUUUAUUGAAAAUAAAGAUACAAAAAGUAAAAAAGGAAAGCAACCUAGCAAUAACACUGUCAAAAUAAAAACUUCUACUGGUACGAAGUCAAGAUCGCGCGACAAUAAGGACGCUAAGAGGGAAGAAGUACCGGCUAAGCUACAAAAGACAAUUUCCCUGGAGGAAAUUUCUAAAACUAAGCUUGAAGACUUAACCACGGAUAAUCCGAUUUCCAGUGAGGCUAGUAACGCUGCCAGUCAGCAUGACCCUGUAGCCAUACGACGUAACAAACAACGAAGUACAGGCGACACGACUGCGGUUGAUUCUCGAGGCGACCGCAGAUCUUGGGGAACGGAAGAAGGGCAAUCGAUAUAUUGCAAUGACACUGGCGAUGAUUACAGCAACAAUAGUCGUCGUAAUUCAGUAAAGAAAGUCAGCGUCGAACCUGAAGCAGAAACUGAAUUCCAUGUAGUAACUAAUAAAAAGAAGAAAACUAAGAAGCAACGCAGAAGUUCCAGCGGAGGAAGAGCACAGAAUUUGGGAGGCUCAGGAUCGUAUCUUCAACGAAAUAGAGUUUUUCCGAACGAUUACCGAAGACAGCUAUCGCCUGAUAGGAGACGUAAAUCAGCCAGCAGUAUGCCGCCAAGUGAUAAAUCUGACUGCAGCGACGGAGACUCGGUUCAUUCACUGCCUAUACCCUCAAAAAAAACUGCGUCCUCGUCUUCGGAUACGCCACAAGCUAGCUACGCUGACAUUGCAAAAAUGGCGUCGCUGACAUCGUCAGCCAAUCAACCUCCGAACAUAUCAGCCAUGCAUUCGAACACGUGGCCAGCCGUGACUUCGUCGAAGUCGAGCGCAGACAUCGAGAAAAUUAGUCAAAAUGAUGACUAUCCAAGCUUGGACGAGGUACAACAAAACGAGCGUAAAGCACGUCAGCAUCAAUUUGCUCAACAGCUGAUGACAGCAGGCAUUGAAAAACUGCCCUCGUCCAAAGUCACUGAUCAGUUAAAGACAGCAGCUUCUAUUAAAAAAGUAACCAAGUACGUACAAGAUAUCGAAAAGAUGCAACUACAGGAGCAGCAAGCAAAGAAGCAACAGCAGCCGCAAUUGAGCAAUAAUUCUAGUCCGAUAAGUAGUGAAGCAACUCUCUCAAAUCUGUCGUCUGCUUCGUGUUCGUCUGAUAACUCGACCGUUAUUGGAUCCGAUUUUUCUAAUGUCGAUAGUAGUGAUAGCAAUGCGAAAGAUUCGAUUGUCAACAGUUAUAAAGCUAAUAACUGCUCGAGAAUGCGUAAAAGCAAUAAUGGUCCGGAUCUGCGAGAAUAUGCGCGUGAUGAUUCGCGGGACUCUAAAAAGCCUUCCACUCAUGCAGCUCUUGGAGAUGAAUCCAAAACUUUUGUAUCCGGUGUGCACUCGGAUGAUAAGGACGUGAAAAAAGUUACGGGUAUUACAAUGACUGGUUCAUCCGAUAAUACUGACGUAACAAAAUCACGAAUAGCAAGCAGUUCAAAGUCACAUCAGCAGUUCAGACCGCCAGUCGAUUCUGAAAUCAUACGUGUCAACAAAAUCGAUAGGCUUCCAAAAGGUUCAAAGGAACAAUCGCCAUUUAGUUCUAAAGAUUCUAAUAAAACUAGUUACCCACAGGUUCAAAUGAGUCGACCCGAAAAGAUCAUUGUUGAUUCUGAUGUCAAAAAAUUUAAGCCUCCUUCUUAUUCAAGCGAUUCGGACAAAGAACAUAAGUCUCUUGAAUCUCGUGUUCCAUCUCAAACUUCCUCUGUGAAAUCUAAUUCUGCUUCGUCAUCUUCUCGACUUCAAGUCAUUUUGGAUAUUGGGAAGAACAGUAAUCAAGAAAGAAUUGAUCCCCCUGAGACUUCUGAACUUACAUUUGGCUUCGAGAUAAAUGAGCAACUUUUGCACUCUGAUGAAGUACAAGAGGCUCAAACCAUAGUUUCUGCGGAUUAUAGAAAUCCGUCAACACACUUUCGACAACCUCAAGCUUCAGUUCCACAACCUGGGUACAAUGAACAUUCGAUAAAUGCGAGAUUCCCGAUGCAACAUUUUGUGCAGUUACACCCUAUGGCAGCUCCCCAGCUAAUGGUCCCUGCAAUGACUUACAUGGGGCCUCAAAUGAGAGUGCCAGGACAAUAUGUACUUUCUCAGCAUCCACCCCCACUUCAAGGAGCACCAGCAAUACCACCUGAAUCAGUAACAUUACCACUACCAGUACAAUUACAAGUAGCAGUACCAGUAGCAGUACCAGCUCCACUACCAGCUUCAGCUCCAGCUCCAGUAUCAGCUCCAGUUCCAACUCCAGUGUCAACUCCCACUUCAUCUCCAGAUUCAGCUGCUCUAGCACCAGUACCAGUACCACCGGUGUUCGAUGAAGUUAACUCAUGCAUAGACGAUCGCAAAAUGAGACAGCACGACUUACUCGUUGAAUAUGUUGGAACAGCGUGGAAUGAAAUUUUGAGAGAAACUGAAAAUUCAUCAUCUGUAUACUACUACAGUGGACAGUGAGAAAAACUUAUCAAAAAGUAGACAUAUAUUCAAUGAAGUGCUUUUACAUUACACACAACAAUACAACACAAUCACAUGCAUAAAUACAUAUAAAUAUAUAUAUUCCUACUUACAUUUAAUCAUAACGCGAUAAACUGCCUUGUUUGUUAUGCAUCUGAAGCUAGUACAGCUGAUUUAGCUAAGAUGUGACAAAAAUACAUAUAAACUUUGUGAAGUGAAAAAGCGCAGUUGAACUGCGUGCAAAAAAAAUUAUAAUUGAUCGUAAUUUAUUCUGAAAAAAACGUAAUAUAGAACAAUAUAUUCAUACUACAAGUGGAAAAAAGUUACAACAUGAAGCCCAGUUAAUGCGAUUUAUUACCUCUGGAGGUAAACGAGUGCAUAAACGCUCUAAAAUACGAUACACAUGUUUAAAAGAAAUAGAAGAUUCAAUAAUCCUUCGAACGAUGUACUGUGCUUGCAAUUAUGUGCAUGAAGCGUCAGCGGUCAUUAUUAGGGGUUACGUGCCAGUUACUUCUAUUAAUAGAAAGUAAAAACACAAAAUGAUUGAUUGUUUGUGAUGAGGACUCGAAUAGCCAUUACGGAAAUCAAAAGUUGUGGAACUCUUCAGCGCUAUCAAUGGACAAAAGGCCUUAGGAAUACCUUUUAAAACUGUAACCAGCGCAGGUGUAUAUACUAUUAGAUUCCCUCCGCGAGGGAUGAACUACUAAUUGAAGAGCUUAAAAAAAUGAACGAAUGCAACGUGGCUCUUGUAUCAUGAUUAGGGUUCAAAAGUAGAGAUUUUAAAUUUAUUGUCAAAAUAGGGUUGCUUCAUACCAGAAGAUAUUCUACGUUGGCAAUUAACCAAUCUAGUUUGAACAAUUAGAGUAGCAUUGAAAUACUUAAAAAACAGGAAUUAUUCUAGAUAACGCCAACAAUCAUUAAUUUUUCGUAAUGAAAGUCGUUUGAGAAUUAUAGUUUUUCGAAUUGCUACGCUAAUUUAUUUUAAAAAAUGAGCAGCAGUGCGUUAGUUCUAUACUCAGCAAAUAAAUUAAACGCUAAGAAUAAUAUGUGAAACCCGGCAUGCAGAAAUCGAUAAAUUUUUACAACUUGCUUAACAUAAUAAAAAAAUAUAUAAAUUGAGUAAAUUUUUAAAUCAACGUAAAUACUAAUGGUUAUGCUUGUGGUUGACUGCUUGAAUAAAAUUGUUUAGAGAUCGUUACGCUAGUUAGAAAUUUUAAUUUUGAGUAUAGAUUGUUGUUUGAAAAGUUUGCACUUGAGCUGAAAUAAAGAGCUAUUCCUUGGAGUGCAUUGUCUGUAAAUAUAUAAAUAUAUAUACGUAUGUGUAUCUAUAUAUAUCUUUAAGGGAGAUGGAAAGACUAUAAAUAGAGAAAAGGAUUUUUUCCUUUCUCCUGACUGUUCAUUUAAUUACAAAGGAUUGUAGUCCAAGAAGCAUUAUUUUAUAAUGAGUAUGCACUUAUUAGAGAUAACCAAUUGUCAGGUCACUUGAAUCAACUUGAACUAUAUGACUCGCGUGAAAAGUCAUUAAUGUUUUAAUUAACCGCGAAAAAUUCUUUAAGAUAACUCGGUAGUUUGAAAUUUAAAAUUUCCGGGUAAGUGCCAUUAUUUUGAUUAAAGUAAGCAUUUUCAAAGUGGUUUGAAAUCAAUGAACAGAUUUAACUAGGCUCAAAAUAAAAUAGCUCAAUCUAUCUUUUGAACGUCUUUAAUAUCUCAAACGAAAUAUAAUAUAAUGUUCAAAUAUUUGCAGUUUAUUUUGGCAAGUAAAAUUAAGCGCAGUAAUUUUGAUAUAGAUAUAUUUAGUUAUAAAUAUAAGUUAUUUCUGUCUUUUCAAAAAAAUAAUAAUUAGACGAUUAAGUGUUUAUUUACGUUGAUAGUUUUGCUACAAUCAGCUGUGUAUUACACAAAAAAUGUGAUGUAAAUAAAAUCGAUCAAGCAAAUCUUUUCAAACAACAAACAGUUCGGUCGAGUGAAUGCUUAUUGAGGAGUGAAAAUUUUAGCAAGGGAAGGUUUAAGUAAUUAUUAAGUUAUAUCAAAUGUUAUUUUGAUGAGAGGGUGAGCUAGGCGCACAUCGUUAAAAGUCGUUAUUUCGUGACACCUUCUUAGUAUUAAGCUCUAAUAUAUCUGAUGAUAAUAUAAAUUAAAUCAUUUCUUUUUUGUUGUUUUUCUCAAUUAAAAUUUAUGUUAGAAUUGUUAGAAGAAAGGAGUGUCUCUGUUGUUACUCACCUAUCUUCAGUUUUUUUAUUUUUUUUCUUUUAAUUAAAAAGAAAAAAAACACAAGAAAUAAAGAAACUAAGCGCGCAUGAUUAAUAAAUUUAGAUUUCUUAAUUUUAGUAUAAAAUUCUCUAUGACCCCGUUUAGCCGCAUUUUGUGCGUUUUUAUUAAAUUGAAUAAAGAAUUGAGUUACUAUUAUAUUAAAAUUGUUCAAAAUAAGCAUUUUUAUUAAGUGAUUGUGAUCAAAUUAUUUCGUACUGAUGUUUGAUAACAGAAUACGUGCUCAUUUAUAGAAACGAAAUUCAUGUCAUUUUACAAUUAUUCCGAGUUAGGUUAUACCUUUUGUUGAAAACUAUGCAAUGUUAAAAUUUGUUAUAUAAAAUACAAGUUUUUUGGCAUUUUACAUUUUUUAAGGAUCUGUCUUUAUGUACAAUAGUUCUAAAUUGUUCUACAUUUGGUUUGUUACUGCUGUGACGACGUUGAAAAUUCAAUUUACUUGAUUCACGCCAUAAGCAACUCAAAUUAUUUAAUUAAUAAAUUAAUACAAAGUAGUAGCACUUUUUAUUUGAAAUUUUAUUUAUUCAUGGACCUCGCAUUAUUAAUUCUAAGUAGUUUCAUCUUCAUUAAAUUUUCAUUUUUAUCAGAUUACUUAAUUUAACUAAUUAUGCUAAAUUGUUAAACUACAAUAAAAGUAUGUGCAUAAUAAUGAAUGAUUAGAAAACUUAAAAAAGCGUCUUGAAAUAAAUAUAAAAUCGUAAAGGAUUUUGGAAACUUUUUGUCACUUCAUUAUCUGCCAUUAUAAUCAACGUUUUCAUAAUUACCUUUUUAAAAUUGAAAUUGUAUUUCUUCAUUCUUAAUGAAAUGUUUCUGAGUACUGCACUGAUGAAAAAAACAAUCAUUCAAUUGAAAAAAAUUAUCGAAUAUUAAUUACUAUUUUAUUGGAAUUAAUUAAUAGACUUCCUGCGUAUAUAUAUAAUUAAUAACAUGAUAAGUAAGACUUGCACCCAUAGUUUCGAAAGAUUUCAAUUUCUAUUUCAUUUUCUUAAAAUAAAUUUUGGCCAUCAAAAACAAAACGAUGAUAAAUAUUUAAAUGUUAGUAUUUAAAAUGUGUUGUAAGCUUCAAUCCAUAAUUCAGUGCACAAAAUCAUCGAUUAAGUUCAGUGCGGACAUUUUUUUCUAGUUUUGAAACAAGAAAUUUUUCUAAAAGAAAUAAUGAGCAUUAAAUUUUUCUUAUUUCUCCAUCUAUUCAAAUAUUACGAAGAUACUCAAAGCAAGAAAAUAAUAAGAAAAAAUACAAACGAAUAUUUUUCAUCAAUUUGAGUGUUUAUUCUGGUAAAGCUGUAUAAUUUGUUACUUGGUGUUGAACACUUUUUUCAUAAAAUGUAUAUAAAAAAGUAUACGUGUAAUCGUGCAUUAUAAUUAAUUUUUGAGAAAUCCAUGUUAUAUAAGGAAUAUUGCGUGUGUACAGAAUAUUAUUAUAUAAAUAGAAUAACAUAAUUAAAUUAUACGUGAAAAUAAAUAUGCGGUUUUGAUGUACAGGUCAUGUUUGUAUGUAUGUUAUUAAUUAACUGUGAACAGAAGAAUGAUGAAAAAUGUUGGAAAUAGUCAGAAAAAAGGGAUAGUUCAUGAGAGAGUAUUGUUGUUGCCAAAAUUUCUUUGUAUAGGGUACUUGCAAAAAACUAUAAGGGGACGUGCAUAAAAUCAGCGUUGCAUGCGCCAAUACUUUUUUUUUUGAAAAGGAAUUCUUAUCAUAUCAGUACUAAUGUAAUAAAAUUCAAUCUUUAUUUUAUGAAUCAAUUUAGGCGCUUUCAUCAUAUAUAAAACGAUGAAAAAUGAAAUGGCAAAAAUUUCUAAUUUUUUAACAUCAUCUUUCACUGAAUGGUUGAAUGAUGUUAAUCAACAUUGAGUUCAAGCUUGAAGUAAAACCGAAUUGCUUUUGUAACUGAUAUUUUUUUUCAUCGUCUUAAUUUUCUUAAAUGUAUAAUAUGCUUAUAAUUUUGUUAGCACCGUUGAGUUUAUAUUAUUUACUGCAAUACAAAUAACUUGUAGGGCAUUACCAAUAUUUUUGUCAGCUUUUUCUAUUUCCUAUUUUUCCUUAUUAAUAACGGAAAUAUAGAAACAUAAAUGAAUAUAAAUAUAAAUACAUAUAAAUAUAUUUUUGUCUUAUAAAGAACUAGAAUAAUUUUAACAGUAUAAAACUUAACAAUAUAACUUAUAAUUUUUAAUGUAUCAGAAAGUCAACCGUAAAAAAACCCAAUUUACAUUUGUGAAAAAACAUAUUAUUACGUUCAUGUUAUGAAAAAUACCAUUUCGUAUCUUUACAUACGACAUUUUUAUUCGCGAUUAAUCACCAUUAUGCUUGCAUCGUUGUAGAUAAUGCUCUAUUAUUAAUUAUAUACAAAAUGUUAAAAUCACAUAAAUGGAAAAUACCAUGAACUUUGCAGCAUAGAAUUAUUUGUUUACUUUUAAUUUGAAGUUACGUUUUUAAACAUCUUCGGGAUUGUUAUAAGAUUUAUUUACGGAUAAAAAUUUUAAGCCAAGCAAUAGGUAAAUUAUUUUAUUCACUUAUGGAAAAAUGAUAAGAAAAUUAUCACGUUUUUUUUCUCUUAUGUUUUUCUUUUUCUGAAAGAGGGGUAGACGUUGCUGUGUUAAAGUAGCUUCCAAUUUUUGCAAUAAUAAUACAUGUAAAUUAUUUUUAGUGAAAAAUUGUCGAGGGUAUAACUAUAAAGUGGGUUUACGAACGAAGAAAAAUACGUAAUUGGAAUUUCAGUUGUUUACUAAAGUGAGUCGAUAUUUUUUUUGAAAUUUAGUUCUACAUACAUUUGUGCGAAAAGAUAUAACGCGUUAUAUAGUAAAUAAAUACAUGUGUAUCACUAUAUUGGUCUUCGAAAAUAUAAGCGUUUUAUCCACGACUCAUAAAAGCUUUGUGUAAUAAGGUACUGUGAUAUGUCGCUGUUCAUUCAUUUUUUGUUGCACAUCGUGUAAACAGAGUCACUCUUACAUAAUCAAAUGCAGCGCUUAGUUAACUAUCGACCGGAGAAUACCUCGAAACGAAGAAAAUGUGUGCAUGAAGCGAUGAGAGUACGUUUCGAAAGUGAGUAAAUAUUAUGAUAGCGACUAAAAAGAAAGCAAAUAUGUGUUAGUUAUUAGUCGUAUGCUUGUCAUUCGAGUGAAUAAUGAAUGUCGGGAUGAAUCUGUAUGAAAAUAAUUUUUAAGGUAAAAUGCCGAAAAAAGAUUGAAUAAUCUCUCGAUUAUACGCGUCAAGCCAUCAUUAGUAUCGUUUCAAGACAAUUAAAGUGCGCGUCAAUUGUUUUUAUUGAAUGUAUCGGCAAGCUUGUGCGUCCCAUGUGACAGAUCAAAAAUAAAACAAGGAUUAACUUUCUUAA